CCUCCUGCGCUAGCUACAUCAGUGGUUGGUGAGAACUUGCAUCAAGAACAGGUCAUUGUGAUUCCAUUAUAGUGUCAUCGCAUUUGGAUUCUAUUUGCUUGGGCCUUUGGUGUGCUGCGAGUCCAUACAAACGAAAGAUGAACUUGCCAUUCAUUCUCUUGUUUGUGAAUGUGGUUGUGCUUGUUGGAGCUUCAGAAGACUGGUGUUAUGUAGGAUGUGAGAACACUCCUUCUCACUGGGGCGAUAAAUAUCCCAAGUGCAAUGGGAACAGGCAGUCCCCCAUCAACAUCAAUACUAAACACGUCAAGGGCAAAGCAGACCUGAAGGAAUUCACCCUGACCAACUUUACUGAAACGCAAACCAUGAAACUACUCCUGUAUAACGGACACUCAGUGAAGUGUGAGCUGGAGACCGGAGCGGUGGAGGUCAGUGGCGGGGGUCUCUCUCACGAGUACUCCACAUUUCAGUUUCACUUCCACUGGGGACGGGGCGACCUCGAGCACUUUCCUGGGUCAGAGCACUCCAUCGAUGGCCACAGAUACCCCAUGGAGAUGCAUAUUGUUAGUUUGAAGAAAGGCCUUGACGUAGAUGCAGCCAAAGCAGAUCCAGAGGGCUUAUCAGUGCUGGGAUUCUUUAUUGAUGUGAUGGAGGGAAAUGCAACGGGCAUGCCUGAAGUCUGGAAGAAUUUCUCCGACUUUGUACCAAAGAUACCAAACAAGGGUGAUAACACAAGUCUCUCCGCACUCAACAUCUCCAUCCAGGAUUUACUGCUGGACGUCGACCUGACCAAGUACUACCGUUACAAUGGCUCUCUGACCACACCUGGAUGUGACGAGGCUGUGGUUUGGACUGUGUUUCAACAGCCAAUCCGCAUCAGCAAAGAUCUGAUCCUAAGAUUCACAGAGCAGCCCAAACUCGACGUCUAUCGCCCCCAGCAGUCGCUCCAUGACCGAGUUGUCUACGCUUCAGCAAACCUGGGUGCCGAAACUUCACCUGCAGCUGGUCAUGACUGGUGUUACGACGAUGGAUGUGGUCAUGGUGUCUCCCACUGGGCGAACAUCAGUGGAGCCUUCUGUGGCGGGCAGAGCCAAUCUCCCAUUAACAUCAACUCCCACGAUGCAAUGUACAAACCCGAGUUGGGUUCCUUCAGUCUCUCUGGCUUCUCAAAUAAACACACAAUGGAUUAUCUCAUCAACAAUGGUCACACUGUAAAAGCUGUGCUAAAGGCAGGCAUGGUUAGCGUAGGAGGAGGGGGUCUGGCCACCAUGUACGACACCCUACAGUUCCACUUCCACUGGGGGAACAGCUCAGAGCAUGACAUGGCGAACCAGUCUCAUUCCCGCUCCAGCUCCCACUCCGGAGACUCCCACUCCGGAGACUCCCACACAUCUGACGACUCCCACGCCUCCGGUAGCAGCCACUCAGACAGCACAGAGUCCCACGGCAGUGAUAGUUCAUCUUCUGGAAGAAGUUCUGGGGGGUCAGAGCAUCUAAUGGACUCUGAGGUCUACCCAAUGGAGAUGCACAUCGUGAGUAAGAAUCAUGAGCUAUCACUAGAGGACGCACUGGAGAAUCCAUCAGGUUUCGCAGUGCUGGGCUUUUUCAUUCAGGAAACUGAUGAAGUGGACCAACCAGAGAUCUGGAAAAAUUUUACAGACCACCUUGCAAUGAUCCGGAACAAAGACAGCACCAUUGAUCUGCACCAAGACAUGACUCUGAUGGCCCUCAUUGGGGAUGUGGACCUUACCAAGUUCUACCGAUACCAGGGCUCCCUCACCACUCCCACUUGCAAUGAGGCUGUAAUAUGGACCAUAUUCAAAGAGCCCAUCAAAGUCAGUAAGAACCUGAUUAAGAAGUUUUCCGAAAUGACUGGGUUGAAUAACGUAUUCCGGCCUGUCCAGCCACUGCAUGACCGACUCGUGUACACAACCGUGCUCCGAACCGAGGAUCCCUCCUCUACCUCCUCUCCCUCCUCUUCUCCCCCCUCUCUCUCCUCUUCUCCCCCCUCAUGCCUUUUCUCCCUCUUUCUGAUCCUGUCAUCCGUUUUUGCUGCUCUGUGGAUGAGCCAGACACAGUAGACAACAGAUAUACAAACACAAUCAUUCUAACACAUUUCAUUGCACCAUGUCACACAGCACCAAUCAUUCCAAAGCAGUGCUGCUAUUUGCUGAUUUCAAAAUGAAUACAUUUUUAAAUAGGUAAACCUGAAAUAAAUUGUGGAGAAGUGGAGUAAGAUGUAUGAUAUGUCUGGCAUGAAUGAUAUAGUGUAAGGCCAAAAUCACUUCUUUGGGUUUUAGAGCAUGUAUAUUUUUUAUUUAUUGAUGUUUUGUAAAUGGAAGUGGGGACAGGAUUGUAAACUGAUCAUACUGAUUAAUAUGCAGUUUGUAGAACAUUAAUACUGUGUAAAGGGUCAUUCACACCAAGAAGGAUAACUACAACGAUAGCUAUAACGAUAACUAUAACGAUAACAUAAAUAUCGCUCUAGCUAAAAUGAAUGACAAUGUUCACACGUAAAUUAUAGCAAUAAUGAUAUGAAGAUACUAUUGGGGGCACUUUCAGUUAUCAUCAUAGUUAUCGUUGGUGUGAACGGCCCUUAAAUGAGGAAAGAUGUAAACAAAUUUGUUCUUCACAGAUAUCAAUAAAUUAUUUUAUCUUCAAAGACAUUGUAAUAAAACGAUAGGACAUGAUCAACAAUAAAUAUUGAGACAUUCA